GUAGGCUCAGGUGGGGAUGCGUCAGCCCCUGAUCGCCCAUGGAUCGCCGAGGGGGCCCGACGGCCCAGUCCGUCCAGGAACGUGCGGAUUCGCACUCAGGGGGCCUCUCGCCGAUCUGCCGGCGAUGCACUGGCGAGGCUGGUGCCCCCAGAGCGUUCCCCCUCAAGGGGGAAGGGGUGGGUGUGGAAUUUGACGCGCGGGUGCAACCAGCGCCUCCUGACGUGCGCUCUCUCCCGCAGCCAUGUCCUCCGGUGCCACUUGCGACGACGAGUGCCAGAAGAAGUUCGAGCAGAUCAAGAUGAAGAAGGAUUUGCGUUACGUCAUCUACUGUAUCGAAGACAAGAAGACCAUCAAAUUCGAAAAGGAAGGGGAAGUCGAUAAGACGUUCGACGACUUCAAAAAGGCGUUGCCAGAAGAUCAGCCAAGGUACGCCGUUAUUGAUUACCCCUAUAAGUCCGAGGACGGCAGGGAUCAGUCGAAGCUGACCUUCGUGUUCUGGUCACCCGACACCUGCGGUGUGAAGGACAAGAUGCUGUACGCGAGUUCUAAGGACGCCAUCAAGAAGAAGCUCACGGGUAUCAUGAAGGAGAUGCAGUGCAACGACGAAGGGGACCUCGAUGAGGAAAAUUUCAACAAGAAGAUGCUCGAGAAGUGAACACGUGACCCGGCGCGGGAGAAGCCGUGACGCGGGCACAGGAUCACGGUCCCGUUUUGAGAGGAGGGAGGAGACGGAGGGAUGCGGGGAGCAGCCGCGGAGGGAUCAGGGGCCGGUCGCCGCCCGCCAUUCGACCUCCAAUUCGUGCAGGCUGGCCGUGCUGGGCUGGCCCGCUGGCGCGGCGGGCUCCAGCAGUUAGGCCCGGCGGGCGUCCAGCAUGGGGCAAAAUUUCCGGUGUGUGUGUGUGCGUGUGUGUGUGUGUGUGUGUGUGUGUGUGUGUGUGUGUGUGCG